AUGUCUACUACAAAUCUGCAACCAUCGUCACUGAAUCAAACAACCAGCUUUAUCGAGACUUCUACUGCUUUUUUCAACCUUACAUAUGGAAACCAUUCUGCCGGUGGUCGCGAACUUCAACGCAAGAGUGCAUCAUCCCUUGGACGGUGGACAGAUUUCGAAAUGUAUAGAUACACGUUUUGGAGCAUUGUGCUGUUCAUUGUUGCGACGGGCAUAAUCGGGAACGUCCUGCAAUUCAUUAUGAUGGGAGACACGAAACUGAAUCACCUUUCUUAUUCCGUAUACUUAAAAUUUCUGUCAGUUUCUGAUAGCUUGUUGCUAAGCAUAAACCUCCUCAGUGAAACGAAUAAAGUGUUUCCCAUACAGUACGCUAUACCAGUAUAUAUCGGUAUACUGUCGUUCGCUUUAAGGGUUCUUGCAGGAAUACUAUCGCCAUGGUUAGUAGUUGGACUUACACUUGACAGAUACAUAUGUAUCUGUUUUCCACUGAAGCGACAGAUACUAUGCACCAAAAAGAAAGCCAUUGCAGUCUGUUCUGCCAUGCUUGUUGUCUCUGGUGUCCUACUUAUGCCCUUUCCUGUUUCAAUGGGAGUGGUUAAAAAUAGAUGUUUUCCUCCAGAAGGAAUUACGUCUUAUUAUAAUUUUAUACUAUUGCUAUUUUCGUCCAUUUUGCCCUGCCUGUUUAUUCUAGUAUUGAACAUCCUUAUCAUUACUCAAAUCCAACGAAGCCGCUACUUCAGGAGCAGUUUUACAACGUCGACAGCAAGCCGUCCACAAGACAAUUCGACACGUCCUCUGGUGUUAGUCUCUGUCCUGGCUUUUGUGACCUUGGUACCAGUGGCAGUUUCAAAGGCUGUUCAAAUCUCACUAGAACAACUGGACAGACAUUUGGACGGUCAGGCCUUGCACCAAAACGUUAGGACAAUCCUUUUCAUGAUCUACCUUCUGAAUUUUGGACAGAAUUUUUAUAUUCUGAUUGCAAGUUCGUCUAACUAUAGAGAAAUCAUUAAAAGACGGCUAGCUUGCUGCAGUUUGAAAUGGAAACUACGAAGACAACAGAGUCAAUCUGUGGUGACACAGAGUUCUCAUACUAGCGGUUCUGGAUCUGGCAGUGCUGGUUUAUCAGUUGCGUCUAUUCGGGAGUGA